CCUUCUCGGAGACUGCAGACCAAACUGGUCAUUACUUGUUUCAAGAGCAUUCUCUUGAUCUACACUUUCAUCUUCUGGAUCACUGGUGUUAUCCUUUUUGCUGUUGGCAUUUGGGGAAAGUUGAGCCUGGAAAAUUAUUUUUCCCUCUUAAAUGAGAAGGCUACCAAUGUCCCCUUUGCGCUCACUGGAACUGGCACUGUUAUUAUUCUUUUGGGUACUUUUGGUUGAUUUGCUACCUGACGAGCUUCUGCAUGGAUGCUGAAACUGUAUGUGAUGUUUCUGACUCUUAUUUUUAUGGUCGAAUUGCUUGCUGCCAUCAUAGGAUUUGUUUUCAGACAUGAGAUUAAGAACAACUUUAAGAUUAAUUAUGAAAAGGCUUUGAAACAGUAUAAUGCUACAGGCGAUUAUAGAAGUGAGGCAGUGGACAAGAUCCAGAGUACGUUGCAUUGUUGUGGUGCCACUAACUAUACUGAUUGGAAGGAUACUGAUUAUUACUCAGAGAUUAAUAAUUACUCAGAGAUAAUAAAAAAAGGAUUUUCUAAGAGUUGCUGUAAACUUGAAGAUUGUUCUCCACAGAAAGAUGUAGAUAAAAUUAACAGUGAAGGUUGUUUUAUAUAGGUAAUGACCAUUAUAGAGUCAGAAAUGGGAGUUGUUGCAGGAAUUUCUUUUGGUGUUGCUUGCUUCCAGCUGAUUGAAAUCUUCCUAGUCUAUUGCCUUUCUCAUGCUAUAACAAAUAACCAAUAUGAGAUAGUGUAACCAGCAUAUCAAGGAGGACCCCUCUCCAACUCUAAGGACAAUUAACAUGCCUUUCCUCUCCAUGUGAACUCUUAAGAUCACCUGCAUGGAAGACCAACUACCAAAAAACUACGCCGAUAGUCUGAUUUAAUCAAGACAGUUGUUCAAUAAUUCUAAUGUCUAUCUUCGGAAUCAUUUGUGUUAGAUCAUUAACAACACAUAUCACUCUGAAACACUGGAAUAACUAGUAAAAUAUAAAUGAAGCAAUACUGUGUUCCUCUUUUUCUCAAAGUGGGGCUUUCGAAAGACAUUGUGAGUUUGAUAUUGAUGUAGUAGGCUAGGAAGUUGACCCUUCUGAAGGUUAUCUGAUUUCAUUGUAUAAUUUGCAUUGAAUAGUUAAAACAUUAGUUUGUUUUGCUGAUAGGCAGAGUCACAUUGUGAAUUUAAUUUCAACCACUGGUUGGAUGGCAUCAAUCAUCAGAGCUGCCAAAUGGUGGUAAUGGUGCUUUGUAACAUAAGGCACCCAA